CAUCGUGCUCCCCCUCCGACAACAACCACCACAUCCCGACACGAUUUCGCCCGCAAUAUUGACCGCAUGCGCACGUCCAAAGCUGCAAUAACCAUCACCGAAGCGUGAUCCCCGUUGCUGCUCUGAUUGUCAUCAUGAUACGUUCCACCGCGCACUUGGCCUUCUUGUCGACAGCAAUGCCCACGCUCUGGUCACACCCAACUUUCGUGGGCUCCCAUCGCUGUCCGUCGCACAUUGCAACCUCUCACAGCGCCCACGACUUUCCAAUCUGCGCAACACCGCGAUGAAGCUGGUUUCGAGUAUAUCACGGUGCGCAAUGCCCAGAGAAUCGCGCUUGGCGUUCAUCUCCCCGAAGCGGAGUUUCCUUGCUUGGUGCCCUUCUUCAUUUCUUGGCUGGCAUCAUGAGCGACCAUCUACGACAACUGGAUAGCACAGGAGUUCCGGAGAGCAUGCGACCACCGCUAUCGAACGUUUGUGAAACGGAGCAGGCGCCCCAGAUUACUCGUCCGUCGUCUGUGGGGGACCGACAUGCAACGCAACGGUACAUAUCGGUUCGACUUGGCUCUCACACUUCUGGACCUAGGACACAUGGGAGUACCUGUACCAGUCACAGUAGACGCUGCAACUCCAAUGGGGAAGCCAAGCAUCAGACUAUCAGUGAUGAUGCAUCUCCGCUGUGCAGUAUGCGCUGUCAGCAGCUCAACCUAAAGCAUUGCAAGCAUUCCAGGUUGCGCCCCAUCGUGGUUCCUGCCUCUUUCCCGGAUGUGCCGCGCAUUGCUUGAUAUCUACAUCCGCCUCGGAGUUUGCGUCAUGCCUGCCGGCACGAAUGGGGCUUCUCCGCAGACAUGACGGCAAUGUUCUGAAUGACAUACAGUCAAUUCUUCCGAAUGGGGACAAAUCGGUAUGGCUGAGGAAAUGGGUCGUUGCCGACCUCUCUGCGAUACCUAUGGCUUUGCCCGGCUCCGCUGCUUCGAUCAGGCUCGAUCUGCUGUGUCUUGAGAGACUGGAAAACAGCCCAGCGCCGCAUCCCAUUUGCCGCGAAACCGCUAACAACCACGCAGCUUGUGACAGAGACAAUGUGUAGCGGCAAUGACCCACUGCUUCUAGCUGUUUACCAGCAUUCCCGUCGAGUUUGCGAGGUAGGACGUGAUAUGAGGUGAUGAAAAGUCUUCUGAAACUGCCAGAAACAUGGAAUCUGCUGACAAGCAGAAUGCGGAAGUGUUUGGGCGCACUUGAAGAAUAUUCAGAGGUCGCACCUGCAUCCCGUGACAUGGCCUCAGAACGCGAGUCGGAGCGAGAGCAAGGACGAAUAAGGCAAUUCGGUGUAGGUGAUGUUGCCGUGCCAUGAAACUACAUUCCAGACAGAUUAUUACCCACCAAGAAAUCGAAAUGGAUGUCGAGCACAGGAUUUCGAGCAGUUGUCCACACUUCACAGAAUCUCAUCGCGCAUCACUUCAGAACGAUUCUGCUCAAUGUGACCAGCCAACAGAGCCCAUCCCUUCACAUCACCCUCCCGAUUUAUCCCCUCCAAGAAGGCGUUGGAGUAGGCGCUGGCAGAGCCUGAAAUCAGUUAUGAACUCUCGGAAAGGUUGGCAACAGAGAAUGGCAGCUGAUGGGGAUCAAGCCCGUCCGUCCAUUGGUCGAAUGAAGGAUAGCGACGACUACAUCACAGCUCGAGCAGCAAAUCCACGAACAGGAUUGGUUUCACCUAGUCCCUGUAGUUCCACACCAAAUUCUCCUGGAGACGCUCUGAACUUGAGGAGAAGAACAACGCAACAAGAAACAAGAUCGCAUGCGGUGAGGCGGCGGCCAGUACUCGCCAAGGCCAAUGAGGGGAGGAAAGUCAGUGGUCACAGCGCAAGAGAAGGGGUCCUGGAGCAUGGACACUGCGAAGCUUCGUACAAUAUGGGACAAUGCAGGGCGCUGAACUUAGAAGAAGCUCAAGGCGAGCUCCAGGAAGACCAAUUUGUCGUUCAUAUGCCGUCAGCUAGAGAGCCUCAGCCAUUCACGUAUCCUGGGUAUACUGCUGAGCAGAUCGAAGCAUUGGAGCACUACAGGUGCAAGGCUCGACGAGUCUCAAGCGAGGGUUACGAUCGACGUCUGUUCUGCGACAGAUCUACAGCUGCGAUUGGUAGCGAGCAGGUAAUUGGAGCACCUUCGCAAUCCUUACAACCUUCUUGUUACCUGCGACCUUUCACUCCAUAUACUGCAGGGCGACUUCACGACGAACCUGGAAGUCCUGAGCCCCCAAGAAUCUUGGUGCGCAAAAGGAACAGCUCCAAAGUGCGCAGAAUUCUACAACACAGUCAGCCCAAGGUCGGUGCGCAGUCCCACGACAUUGACCAGGGAUUGCCUCCAAUCUUGGGCCCAAGAUCUCCGAAAACAUCACUUCCGCAACGGUCAGCUGUGCAGAUGCAUUGCGAUGUUCCGGCGACGGUUCGAAAUAUCAAUCAGCAUGCCGAGAAAAGCUCGGCGUCUGUUAUUGGUAGCGGUCCGAAACUUUACACGAUUAAGGCGAUUGACAGCUCGCCGCCAAGCAGGAGACCAUCCACAAAUGACGAAGACCUUGUCGACCAGUAUACGCGAAUCCGCUCUCCGCCAUCUGUCAACAUGCAUGCAAUUCCUGGCGCUUAUACGGACUUGAGCCAGCUACCAAGUGUGAGACUGGUGAGACCAGAACACGCGGCAGUGCCUCGAAUGAAGGUCAAGAACCGCCAAUGCUCGCUAGGAUGUCAAGGAGAUGGUAAUCAGCAGGGCAGAUGUACUCAACAACGCUCCACCUCCAAUGACACUGUCGUCCGAUCAGGUUCGUUGUUGUUCAGAAGACAUGUGACACCAGAAGAGAGGCCCCUAUUGAACCUCACUACCGAACAGUUGCUUGGCUACUUUUUGCAAUUGGCGAACUAUCUGGGCUCCCUCCAGCUCCCUCGUAUAGGGUUGUUGGAGAUAUUGCGUGACCCCGAGGUGUCGACGAAAGAGAAGACGCAGGCUCUACAGGCGAUCUUGUCACUUGCUGGUCAUACUCUCGCAAUUUGCACCUUGCUUGCAAUGCUGUGGAAAGUGGGCACCGCACUCAAGGAAUUUUGCGAGGUCGUGCUGUGGCCUCUUGCUCUGCCGUUACGGCUGAUCAAGUGUGUACUUGUUGGUUAGAAGUGGGAGGGAAUAUAGGUCAGGUAGGGUAGGUAGGUAUUGUUAUUUGGUUCCCG